AUGAGCUCUCCCUGGAACAGCACAACCCUUCUUUACGUCAUGAGGAGUUCCUUCCCAAGACAAGCGUCAUGUACAGCACUGCACAUGGGGCCUUAUCUGAGACUCCAGGGUCCCAGCCAAGCAUCUCUGUCCUUGUCCUGCCCUCUCCAUCGGCUACUACUUUUGGUACAGCCUUUUUAAACCUCAGGCAACAGACUCCAAGCAUGGCAGAGCACAGCAUCUUUGAGGCACACGAUGGGUCUGUGACGAGUAAUGAGGUGGCCACUGAUGACGAUGAGAUGGACAACUUUUUGCCGGAUGCUCACUGGACCUCUUCACGGGUGGUUUCCCCAAUACAGUCUAUCACACAGAGCCCACUAGAGCCACCCCAGGAGAUGCUGGAGCCUGGGAUGACGCCGUCGCUACCCACGAUUUCUUUGCAGGAUGAAGUGCUGUCCGGAUGUCAGAACACAGCGCAACAGGCAACUGUGCAAGUUGAGUCCUCCGGUGAUUUCAGCACUUCUUGGUCAGCUUUUCUCACAUCUGAGGGCAUCAUUCCAACUCCUAGUAGGAGUUUGGUGCUUCGUCCUACGGAAAUUCACAGUCAGUUAUCAAGCAAGGCUUUGCCAGAGACUGUAGCUUCCUUAACGGAGGGCUCAGAAAACCUCCUUUUCAGCUCCUGGAUCACUGUGUCUCAGCCGUUAGGCAAUGGCGUGACACAGCAGCCAUCUGUUCCCCUGUGGGAGGUCUCUCGGCCUCUAAUGGGUGUCCUGACCACAAGCUCGGACAGCUACCCUAAUGGGACCACUGCUUGGAGUGAACAUCUAAUAGAAGCCAUCUCUCUAAGAACACACCCCAGUGUAACCCUGUCACCCGCAGACCCUGUUUCUAUCAGCCCGCCUUCUGUUUUAUUUUCAGCCCCGCUUUCAUCUGGGUCCUUUGCUACCCAAUCAGCUGGUAUUUCAGAUAACCCCUUCCUCUCUAGCAAGGCCGGGGAAACCUUAGAAUCUCUGUAUGGCUCCCGAACCCUCAGUUUUUCUGACCAUUCUCAUCUCUUCAACCCUGAGGCGUCCCUGAGACCACACACGUGGUGUGUGUCCUGUGUUGUCUCAUCAGCUCAGCAAGCUCUGGCCAGGAGCCUCACAGAGAAGGAUGUGGACUCAGGGAACGGGCUUGAGACUCUGUCUGUGACCUCAGGAGAAGCGAGCCGUCUCUCUCCAUCAAGCAGCAUGGGUGCAGGCUUCUCUGAACUUGAAGAUCUUCAAGAAUUUAAUACUCUUUUCCCUUCCAGACCCGUCGUCUCCCUUUCAUCCAGAUCUGUGGGGUUAUGGGAAGUCAGCAUGGAUAUGUCUCCUGAGGUUAUGUCUCCUGAGGUGGAUUUGAGCAGCAUCACCACCACCCAGGUGUACACUUCCCAUGGCCACCUCGCCACACCGAGCUCACUUGAUUCCACUUUUGGCUUCUCUGUCACCAGUGAUCUAGUGAUGCCAUCCAGUAUGACCCAUCUAUUGUCCUCAGUCAUCCCCAGCAUCCACUUUGAGUCAUCUUUCUCUUUGACUGCAAAUCAAACCACGCCAUCCCUUCCAGCUGGAAACCCAAGCCUUCUCACCUCUUACAGUUUGGUCUCCUCAGUAGAGUCAGUAGAGUCUGAGGUUCUUGCCGACCAAGAGCGUACCAGCUUUUUGGAACCCGCGUCUGGGAGUCUUUUGGAUUCCACAUCUGGCUUUUACUCAGCUCCACUCCUGGACUUCAGCGCUCCGGCCCCUUCACGGUCAGAUGUUCUUGCUUUGCCGUCUUUGACGUCAAGCGAUCCAUCAACUUUCCUUUCUCAGCUUUUCCCCACCAUGACUGAGACAUUUUCAUUGUCCAACUCAAUCGAUUUGCAAUCACCUCAGCUUUUUGUUCUUAAUCCCACAAGUCUAGAGCCAUCUCAGCCUUGGUCAAGUUCAGACCUUCUUAUGAAGACAGUCACUCUUCUUCCUAGUCACUCCGAGAUGUCCCCCCUCCCAAGCUCCCCCCUUGAUUCUCUCAAGUUGGACGAAGCAUGGAGAGUCUCUCUGAUAGAGUCCGAUGUUCAUCUUACCUCAGCUUUCUCUGACACUACCUGUGUCUUUGACUUCUCACUCAUUCCCCAUGACUCCUCAGUCAGCACCCUGGUGCCCUCCAGCUCCGAGACCUCCCUUGGCAUCUCAACUGCUGGAACUCCCUUGUCUUCACUGCCGACUGUUUCCCAUUUGACACCCAUUUUAACCGAGUCAUCUCCAUUCUCGACUCUGACACCUUCCGAUAGCAGUGUGAGCAUGACAGACCAUCACACACCUGUCUCACUCAUGUCCUCCAGUGUCAUUCCGACCAGCACAGAGUCAGUCUCUGACUUAUACCUCUCAGCCUCCCCAACACUUGCUUCUGAAGUAAGCCCUUCACCCAUGCCCACAAGGCCGGUCAUGGGCUCAUCAUUGAUACCCACAGAUUUACCACCCAGUACCUCCCCAGAACCAAGCUCCUCCCCGGAACCAAGCAUGCCUGACAUCAGCACUGCCCCUGGUGAUACCGUGGACUCUGCUCUGAACAGCGAGCCUAUGAGUCAGAACCCUCAGGGGAACAGUGUGCCCCCUCCCCAGCCCUCCCUGGGUCCCGAGAUCACCUCCACGCUCGAAGCCACAGUUGGUACGCCAGCACUGGCCACAGCCAAGCCGCCAUAUGUGUGCGAUAUUACAGUUCCCGAUGCCUAUUUGAUCACAACUGUGCUGGCCAGGCGAGCUGUGCAGGAGUACAUCAUUACAUCAAUCAAAGAAGUGCUGAGGGUUCACUUCAACCGUGCCGUCGAGCUGAAGGUUUAUGAACUGUUCACAGACUUCACUUUUCUGGUAACAUCCGGUCCUUUUAUUUACACGGCAAUAUCAGUCAUUAACGUCCUCAUCAAUAGCAAGCUUGUGCGUGACCAAACUCCUUUAAUCUUGUCUGUGAAGCCUUCUUUCCUUGUGCCGGAGCCCAGGUUCCAAGUUCAAACAGUACUUCAGUUUGUGCCUCCAAGUGUGGAUACUGGCUUCUGCAACUUCACCCAGAGCGUUGAGAAAGGCCUGAUGACAGCUCUCUUUGAAGUGAGGAAACACCAGGGUGUGUACAACCUCACAGUACAGAUUGUGAAUGUCACCAUUGGUUCUUCGAGGGUGACUCCUCGGAGGGGCCCGGUGAAUAUUAUCUUUGCUGUUAAAGGCACGCACGGCUUUCUGAAUGGGUCUGAGGUGAGCGAUCUGCUCAGGAACCUGACGGUGGUUGAGUUCAGCUUUUACCUGGGGUACCCAGUGCUGCAGAUUGCAGAGCCCUUCCAGUACCCACAGCUCAACUUAUCCCAGUUACUGAAGUCCUCUUGGGUCAGAACAGUCCUCCUGGGCGUAGUGGAGAGGCAGCUCCAUAAUGAAGUGUUUCCAGCAGAGAUGGAGCGCAAACUGGCCCAGCUGCUCAGCGAGGUGCCCACCAGGAGAAGAAUGUGGCGGAGGGCCACAGUGUCGGCUGGGAACAGCGUGGUGCAGGUGGUGAACGUGUCCAGGCUGGAGGGAGAUGACAAUCCUGUGCAGCUCAUCUACUUCGUGGAGAAUCAAGAUGGAGAGAGACUCAGUGCAGCCCAGUCUUCAGAUCUGAUCAACAAGGUAGACCUCCAGAGAGCAGCCAUCAUCUUGGGGUACCGGAUUCAAGGCACCAUUGCCCAGCCUGUGGACAGAGUGAAGAGGCCAUCCCCGGAGUCUCAGAGCGGCAACCUAUGGGUCGUCGUGGGUGUGGUCAUCCCAGUGCUAGUGGUCACCGUGAUUGUCGUCAUCCUCUACUGGAAGCUGUGCCGCACAGACAAGCUAGAUUUCCAGCCCGACACAGUGGCCAACAUACAACAGAGGCAGAAGCUGCAGAUCCCCAGUGUUAAGGGCUUCGAUUUUGCUAAGCAGCAUCUGGGUCAGCACAAUAAAGAUGACAUACUGAUUAUCCACGAGCCAGCGCCACUGCCGGGACCUGUGAAGGACCACACCACACCCUCUGAAAAUGGAGAUGUGCCGAGCCCAAAGUCCAAGGUCCCUUCUAAGAACAUCCGCCACAGAGGAAGAGUUUCUCCCUCAGAUGCAGACUCUACAGUCAGCGAGGAGUCCAGCGAGAGGGACGCGGGAGACAAGGCGCCAGCUACUGCCCAUGAGAGCAAGGCCCACAGAGCUCCACAGAGUGGUGCUCCCCUGCCCAGUUCAGGCAAUGAGCAGCACUCCUCGGCCUCCAUCUUUGAGCAUGUCGACAGGAUUUCCCGAACCUCAGAAGCCAGCCGGAGGGUCCCCAGUAAAAUCCAGCUCAUUGCCAUGCAACCCAUCCCAGCACCCCCUGUGCAGCACCCUGUCCUGGCUGACCGAGUGGCAGAAACCAACAAGAUCAACAAGGAGAUCCAGUCGGCCCUGCGCCACAAGUCGGAGAUCGAGCAUCACCGAAACAAGAUUCGCCUGCGCGCCAAACGCCGAGGCCACUACGAGUUCCCAGUGGUGGAUGACCUGUCUUCCGGUGACACCAAGGAGCGGCACCGAGUGUACCGCAGGGCACAGAUGCAGAUUGACAAGAUCCUGGACCCCGCGGCCAGUGUGCCCUCUGUGUUCAUAGAGCCCAGGAAGAGCUCACGGAUAAAACGUUCUCCUAAGCCACGCAGGAAACACCAGGUCAACGGCUGUCCUGCUGAUGCUGAGAAGGACAGACUCUUCACUACAGACAGUGAUGGCACAUACAAGCGGCCCCCGGGUGUGCACAACUCUGCCUAUAUUGGAUGCCCGUCUGACCCUGACCUCCCGGCCGAUGUGCAGACUCCGUCCUCUGCUGAGCUGAGCAGGUAUCCGGGCUUGCCCUUCUCGGCCUCUCAGUACAUCCCACCGCAGCCGUCUAUCGAGGAGGCCCGCCAGACCAUGCACUCCCUCCUGGAUGACGCCUUCGCCCUCGUGGCUCCUAGCAGCCAGCCUGCCAAUGCCCUGGGAACAGGUCCUGGGGUGCCGGCCAGCCUGCCUGUGAAUAGUACCCCUUCCAGGGAAGAAAGGCGAGCCACACAGUGGGGGUCUUUCUACAGUCCAGCUCAGACGGCCAACAACCCUUGCAGCAGCAGAUAUGAAGACUAUGGAAUGACCCCCCCAUCAGGCCUGUUACCGAGCAGACCCAGCUUUGGCCCAGGAUUGCUGCCGGCUUCAGAGCUGGUCCCCUCUGAGCCCUCACAGCCACAGUCGUCAGCUGAAGCUUCGUUUGCUGCCCGAGGGAUCUACUCUGAGGAGAUGCCAUCCGUGGUUAGGCCUCGGCCUGUUGGGGGCACCACAGGCUCACAGAUCCAGCACCUGACACAGGUGGGAAUCGCAAGCAGAAUCGGGGCCCAGCCAGUGGAAAUUCCUCCCGGCAGAGGCAGCCAGUACGGGGGACCAGGCUGGCCUGUGUAUGGGGAGGAAGAGGCAGGGCGAAGAGAAGCCACACACAUGCUCGGACAUCAAGAGUAUUCUUCUUCACCGCUGUUUCAGGUGCCAAGGACUUCGGGCAGGGAGCCCUCAGCUCCUCCCGGGAACCUCACCCACCGAGGGCUACAGGGCCCUGGGCUGGGUUACCCCACCAGCUCCACAGAGGACCUCCAGCCCGGCCACUCCUCCGCCUCCCUCAUCAAAGCGAUCCGCGAGGAGCUCCUGCGGCUCUCCCAGAAACAGGGCUCAGUACAGAACUUCCACAGCUGAUCAGCCUCCCUUGCAGGUUUGCCAAGUAUCUGCUUCCUGUGGAAGCAAGACCAAGGAAAUCAACUGAGUGGGUGUUUGUAAGCAUCGGAAGCAGCAUCUCCGGGCAAGCCGCCCGGGGAAGGGAACAAGUUGCAAUUUUAGAAGAUGCCAUAAAGUCACACGGACAACUCAUGGUUCUUUCACUGGUUUGGCAAUUUGGUGGCCACUUGGGUUCGUUCAGUCAAGACGUGUGUACUUUCACACACACACACACACACACACACACACACACACACACGAGAAAGACCAAAACACAGACCUAAGCUAACAAAAAUGCUCCUCUUUCAAAGGCAAAAGAUCAAAACCAAUCGGUGGUUAGGGAUGGAGGGGGCAGCGUUUCUGUGGGAGUCUGACUGGCACAUACAACACACCUGCUCUGUUUCCUGAGAAGAGAGAUUUCAAGACACUUUAGUAACAGCUUGGUCCCUCUUUUCCUCUGUAGGAACUUAUUUCAAUAGUAAUAUCAACAACAAGAUGUACUGAGACUGCUUGGUAAUCUAAACAAACUACCAGUGAGAAACCUGAUGACAGGUUGUGGAGCCUGGUGAUUCCAAACAAAGCCAUCGCCUGCAUUCUUUCUCCUUCUGGUGCUACAGCUCCGAGGGCCCUUCACCUUUCUGUCUGUGAAAUACAACUGUGGCUUUUUCAGUAGAAGAGUAUGUUGGCGGUUUCGCUAUGUUCUGGGGGUGGGAGGGAAGAAAAGGAAAAAAGUACCAUUGGGGAGGGGGAAGCUUAAUAUUUAUUUGGUUAUUCAAAAUACAUAUCAGAGUUUAGAUUUCCAGUCUUAGUUGUAUUUGCUGGGUUUUUUUUGUUUUUUUUUUUGUUUUUUUGUUUUGUUUUGUUUUGGUUUUUCAUUUGGCUUAUCAGCUCUUGUGUGACAUGUCAGCGCAUCUCAGAACAGGGCUUUUGGGAUGUCCCCACCGCCAGAUCUUUGUACUUCGCUGACAGCUUGCUCCCAGAUUAUGUUUGAAUGAGGAGUCUUACAGAAGCAAACAUGAUUAUCAUGAAUCUACGAAUAGUAGUUAUGUUCCCUGAGCUCCAGCCUGGAAGUGGAAUAAUGUUCUAUCAGCCUCUAUAGAGACCGAGAAGGAAACGAGAGUUUCCCCCAUUUCUAAUUUUGCUAUCAUUUCUUUGCCCCAAAACGGUCUUCCUCACUUUAGGCCAGAGAGAGGUCAUCUCACAGUCUCUGCUGAAGUCACAUUUCUCAGCCUCUGACAUUAUAUUCAAUGACAUUCUGUAUUCUGGUGGCUAAAUGAGACUCUGGGACAUUGCAGACUAGCAGGGGAGUCCAACCACGAGCCUCUUGGUCAGAUGAAGGAAUACUUUUGAUUGAACAACAGAUAGUGGGGUAGCGUUUGGGGGGCUCAGCCUAAGCAAAACCUGUGUGUCUGAACAUGUUUUAAGAACAUGGGAACAGCUAAAAGCAAGCUCCUAGACUGUAGUCACUGGUUCCAGAAUUGUUUCUGCCCUUCUUAGUCGGUCUCAGGACUCAAGGGCCACCUGUUCUUGGAAAUUGGUUUGACCGUUGCUUAUCUGCACACUUCAGAUGAGAAGGCAUGCAGGAGGGUGUCCCACAGCUCUUCAUCAGGUGUCGUGUAGGCAGUCUGCAGAGCACGGAGGAGGAGACCCCUGUUCUGGGUUUAUUUGGUGAUCUUGAUUUAAUGUAUACUCUUCCUAAGCUGGAAGAUCCUCUUCCCAAGCCACUUAGAAAACCAAGUAUAUCCAGGCAGAAUUUUAUUAUGACUCCUUGUGAGAAAUUCAAAUCAUAUAGCACAGAGAAUAAAUGGUCCUUUCUUACCCCAUGUCAUAAGUGUUUGGGACAUAGAGUGUCAUAAAAUUACCUCCUUUGUACACUGCCAAAAUAAGCCUUGGUGUCGGAGGAUGUGAUGACAACAGCAGUUUUGAUGCCUUUGAAAUUGUAAUAAAGGGAUUCUACCUGUGUUUUUAUUCUUACUAGCAGAUACACCUUUAAACGGGCAUUACAACCAAAGGUGAGUUGGUGCACAGGCCCUCUGGGAGCUCCAACGCUCGGUUGUUGGUUAUUUAAAGCACACUCAGUUUGCACUCAUUUCCCCUAGACACCCGCCACAGCAGGUUUACCAUGCUGAAACCACUGUAGGGUACGCCAUGCCCGUCAGGUGUCCAGUCACUCAUGCAGUGCGCUCCCCUGAAGAAGGCCGUCCUCUUCCACGUGUGUUAACUUUGGUGUUUCACAUAUUAAAGCACCCAAAAAUAAAAGUUAACUUUAAUGUCUGUCCUUUUCUCCUAAUUCUCCAAGUUCUGCUGAGAAAUACGAACUACACAUUGGAGUCAGCAUUUUAGGAGAGCGUGUCUGGAGAAGUGCUUUUUUUUCCCAGUCCCCUUUGUUGCUAAUCCCUUUGUCUGGUUUCUUCUGAAAGUCAUUCUUAUCAACAAGAUCACACGCGUCCUCCCCCACCCCCACACACACCUCAUGGGAUCUCUGCUUCUAAGGAUCGUGUGUGAUCCUGCUGCAAAUAUCCCUUGAGGAGGGCGCCUCAGUCACUGUGAACAUGCACAGUGUUAUCUGUGUGAAUGCUCUGGCAUGGAUAAUGUGAUAUGCUGUGAUCUUCCAGUGUCUGGGUUCACAGAUAGGCAGUCAGACCAAAACUGAAAGCCCAGCGUGACCCCUCUCACUCCUGGUUUGCUUUGAACUUGCCACUUUCUUCAAAGGUGCCCUGUGAAGUUGUUGUUUUUUUUUCUCCUGACUUUCUGCAAUUUCUGACACUAGCUAGGUCAGCAGACAUGAGCCCUGUCUUUUGAGAGAUCUCAGCUGGAUAAUACAGACAGGUAUAAAAGCUGAAGGUCCAGAUAAGAAGUGUGGCUUAGCUUAGAGCACAGGUGUGUGGGAUGUUCAGAAGUCAUAGAAGUUGCAUGUUUGGGGUUGAUGAGAUCUUAGGGGAGAAGCCAACUGCAGAAGGCACUUGGAUGUCACUCAAGCCAGUGGUGAUUUGGUAGGGGGUAAACCCCACAGUCCUCCUGGAGAAGGGUUUAGGAAUUGGGUACUCACUCGGUCAUUGAAGGUGUACUCUAUCUUGAGCUUCUAUAGUGUGAGCACUCAGUCCUUAACUGCGCUGUUUAGGAAGUUUCAGAAGAGAGAAGGGAGUCCUGUUGUGAGGAAACCUGGCCAGUAGUGCAGUGAGCAAGUGAGCAGGCUGGUGAGGCCUAGGAAGAGCCCCUGAGUGGGGGAAGGGAGGCCAGAGUACCAAGAACUGCUGUGGUCUGGUCUAAAGUGGUGUUGACACGGCCCUGCAGGUCUUAGCUUACAGCAGAUCUCUGUGGUCUUUUGUUUUGUUUUUUGUUUUUCAAGACAGCGUUUCCCUGUGGCUUUGGAGGCUGUCCUGGAACUAGCUCUUGUAGACCAGGCUGGUCUCAAACUCACAGAGAUCCGCCUGCCUCUGCCUCCCAAGUGCUGGGAUUAAAGGCGUGCGCCACCAACGCCCGGCUUGAUCUCUGUGGUCUUUAGGCAGGUUGUGGUUAAGGACACCAGGCUUCUUUACCCCUCCUUGUUUUCCUCCAUUUUUGUUUCAUUUCAGUGUGUGUGUUGACUUUGAUGGCACAUGACUUUUAAGCAUUAGGAUUUUUGCCAAGCAGAAUUUUUGAAGCCUUGAGGCCUGUGACCCAAGCACAGGUGCAGGCAUGCCUGGAAGGCUUCAGGCUGAAACCAGCAGUUCCCUGCUUUCUGGGUCUGUCUGCAGAGUUCACUGCAGUUUCAGACCUUGAUGAGUGCUCUAGUCAGGAAGCCGGUCCCCAGACAGUAGUCUGUUUUGGCAGGACUUCAGGAGUUAAUCAUUCCUUAGGCCUCCCUUGGCCCCUUUACCUGCGUUCUUAGGUGGGAAUGAAUUAGACACUUGGAAGGCUGUUGGGUCAAGGUUCUGGGCACAGGGCAGGGUGCUCCUGUCUUUACUAAGUGUACUGCUAGUGGAGUUUUCGCCAUGUCAUUUCUACCUCCAAAGUGAGGCUCCAGAGUUCGUCGUCAGAGCCUGCUCUUCCACAUCUGGUCCAAGCAGGAGUACAAGGAAGUCCACUUCUACACCCGUGAGCACAAACACGUCUGUAUUCGUCAUUUAGUCCAACCCAUUACAGGCAUUCCUGGAACAGGUGAGAGAGUUUCUGUGGGCCUCUGUUGUAACAUUCUCAUGAACUAUAUAGGCUUACACUCAUCGCCUAGUAAACAAGAAUGGUGCACAUUUAGGUGGUUUGUUUUGAGAGGGAGGGGGCUUGAGGGGGGUGGUGAUUGUGGGUGUUUAAGCUAGAAUUCUUUUGUCCAUGAUAAAAAAGACUUGAAAACUGAACCGUUGUGGUACAGUGUUAGCUCAUGCCUGUAUGUGUAACAGGACACUCGACAAUUAUCUUAAGAACACACAGCAGCAUUGAAGUGUAGAAAAGGAGUAGUGAAUGCCUUGGGAACACAAAUCGGUUAGGAACCAGCCAGGACACAGGGAACAGUAAAUGUCUGCAUCUGAUACGCUUGCUCCUCCCAGGUUGGUGUCCCACAGAGCAGGUCACGUCCAGGCUCCUGGUUUGCCUCCUUCCUAUGGGUUUCUCUGCUUCAGGGCCACUUCAGUGACUUAGCUGGAGCAUCACUGAUGUCUUUUCUUGUACCCACCAGACAUCAAGUAGUCGUGACUUGACUCCCAAAGACACAGUUGAGGGAUCAUAUAGGGCUAAGUUAAAGCCAAGUUCCCCGUUCUUCCCCUGUGGUAGGGAAAGAGGCAGGAGACGCCAGAGGAGCCGAGGCUUUUGGGGCUUACUUAAUGGGGUCAUUCUGAGCAUUAGGGAGUUGGUUCAGGAAAGGUUAUAGACAGGCUCUGGGCUUUGCUCUCCUCUCUGCAGAGCUCGCUGUGGAGUAGCAAGGAGCAAGACCGGAGCUAUCGUUAGCAGGGAAGCUUGCUCUGCCCGGCUGCUGGGGGACCUACUUGCCUCCAGCUUGGUUGAGGUCCGUGUUCUGACUUUCUGCACCCUUGUGCUAGACGAUGCGUGUUAUUACACAAAAGUGGGCCGCCUGUGGCAUCAAGACUGCAACUCGACAAUCAUGGUUUGCUGAUCUCAAACGGGCACUUAAAUCUCAGUGUGGGUGUGUGAUUUUAGUGACUGAGCCCGUCCUUCUAUUUGUCAGUUACGUUUCUACCCUUCAAUUAGCUGCACUGUUUUCUAAUGUGCUGUAGAGUUUGGAAAUAAUUUAUGCAGUGUUUGGUUCCCAUGUUUACAAAUUUUUACAGCUUUCCUAGCAUUUUAAAUGGAAAUGUCAAUAAAUGCUACGAAUUGGUGUCGAA